UGUGAUUUGUCUUUCUAGGUUGAAGAGUUAAGUAACAGUGUGGCACAUUAUUUUAAAUCUGUGGGUGUGAAACGGGGACAGACAGUAGCCCUAUUUAUGGAAUCAAGACCAGAGUACGUGUGUAUAUGGCUUGGUUUGUCAAAGAUUGGAGUAGCUACUGCAUUGAUCAACUCAAAUCUGCGGCAAACACCUCUUGUCCACAGUAUUAGAGUUGCCAACUCUCGAGCUAUUAUCUUUGAUUCAGAACUGGCCAACGAGCUUCUGAUGGUACGGGAUGAUGUCAGAGACCUGCCUUUGUACCAGUAUACUUCUGGCAGCAUAGACAAGACGCUGCACCCUGAUGUCAUUGAUCUGUUGCCUGCUCUCACUUCCUCUCCAUCUGGUCCUCUGUUUGAAGACUUGUCUGAGAGUUCAUAUCGUGAUAAUGUUCUGUACAUCUUCACGUCAGGAACUACGGGAAUGCCCAAAGCUGCUGUGAUCACGCAUCUUCGGUAUGUUCAUUCAAGUGUUGUUUUCUUUAAUUUAACACGUUUAAUCGACUCUGUUCAUCAUUUCCUUAAAACUUCAUUUUUGAAUAUGUAACAUUCUAAUUGUGUUAAUUGCAAUUUUAUUA